AUGCAAUUCGAUUAAAAAUCCUUCGAGACAUUUUUUUGCAAUUUUUGUUCAACCCAUGUAUUAAAUUCAUCGAAGCAAGUCCAUGAAAAAAAAUGUUUGGGUAAAAUUCUAAUAGAAAAAGGUUCAAAUUAUGAGUAAGAUUAAAUGAUGCAAUCUUAAAAUUUGCAACAAUUUUCAGGAAUAAAUUAAAUAUAAAUAGAAUAAAAUAUUGAUAGCUCAAUAUUAUAACCAAUAAAACUAAUGACUUAUACUUAAGUAUAAAAUCAAGGAAUACAAUUUUAAAAUCAAUAAAAUUAUUAAUAGAAUUCAAUAAAUUAAUAAACAAUUGAUUAAUCAACAGAAUAGAAUUUUCCUUCAUUUAAUAUAGCGAACAGAAAUUAGAUGUAAAUAAAAAAUUCAAGAAUUUCACAAAAUUAAUAGAACACUUCAUAAACAAUUUUAUAAUUUCCAUCUCCUCCUUCUUAACUAACAAAUCAAAUAUUACAAUCAUAACAAAUUAAUAAUAACAAUCUUAACCAAGACAUUUAGAGAGUGUUUCCCAUAAAAAAAUUAAAUCCUUAAAAUUAAUCAGAAUAAUAAACAAUAAAUGUAUUUAGAUAAAAUUUCAAUUAAAAUUUAUUAUAGAAUCAAAUCUAAUCUCAAUCUGUGAGUUUUUUUCCUUAAAUUCCAAAAAAUAAAUUUAAAUUUAGCAAAAAUUAAAGCAAUUAAUAUGAGUAAGAUUUUGAAUAGGAUGGAUUAAGUAAUUUUGAUUUGUUUAAAAAGUAUACAGAUGAAGAAAUAAAUUUGAUGAAUAAUGAAUAGCUUUAUCAAUAUUUUAUUCACUUGCAAAUAAAUGAAAAUCAUAAAAAUGAAUCUGAUGAAUAGGCUUAAAAGAUUUAGAGAGAAUAAGAACUUAAAGAAUAAGAAAGUUAAUGUGUAAUUUGCUAGGAUAUUAUAGAAGAUGAGAAUAAUUCUUAGAUUUUAAAUUGUCUGCAUAAAUUUCAUAUCAUUUGCCUAUCUGAUUGGCUUUAACAAAAAUCAUGUUGUCCUAUAUGUAAGUCAAGUGUUUGA